CACUAUAUCAAUGCUUCAUCCUGUCCUGGCCACAUAUUGUCUUCCCUGCACUCUCGUAGACGUGUUCACCUUGCCAGUGAGUGCCAACCAUGCGUGGAUUCUUUCUUGUUCUCCUGUGCUGGGCUGCGGCCGACGCCUCCACUCUCUUCCAGGACUGUGGCUCCGUGGGUUCAGAUGUGGUGCUGAACGUGGAGGGCUGCGAGGUGCCGCCCUGCCAACUCAAGCGCGGCGAGGUGGUGGAUGUCAACUUCAAAUUCACAGCAAGCAAGGACUCUGCUGGGUUGAAAAUCAAGGCUCUGGCUAACAUUGGAGGCAUUGAAUUCCCGUGGGUAGGCAUCGACACAGAUGGCUGCCACUACACCUCGUGCCCCAUCUCGGCUGGCUCGCAUGUUGAUUGGACUCUGCCUGUGGAGAUCCUGACGGAGUACCCGGCUAUUAGCUUGGUCGUAACCUUCAAGCUCUUGGACGACUCCGGCAGUUCUCAGACGUGCGCUCUUCUGCCGGCAACACUUAUUUAAACUUUGCUCCUUCUGCUCCUGCUUCUUCUUAUCUUCCUCCUCUUCUUUCUCCAUCGCCUCCUUCUCUUUCCGUUCAAUUUUUCUUCUGUAUUUGCCUUUCUCUUUAGUUUUCCUUUAUCUGCUCUUGUUCUGCUUGUUCUCUCCUCCUCCUCGUCAUGUUACUCCCCCAACUCUUCUCACUCAUAUUUUUCCCUUUAAUUUUCCUUUAUUUACUUUUCUUGUCAUGCGUCUUUAUCAUCGUCGACUUCCUCCUCUUCCUUCUCCUCCUCUUAAUUUCUCCUCCUUCCUGUUCGAGAUUCACCUGCGCCUCUUUGGACUCUCUUAUUUAUUGAUUAUGUGAACAGCGUUGUGAAUUAUGUAGUCGUGUAAGCUUGAAAUAAAUGGUGAUUAGAAGCAAUA